AUGUUCAACAUGCCAUCUAACAAAUACUCACAAAAAGCUGGCCCACUUUAUGGAUUAUCUGUGAUGUUCAACGUGGAGCAGGAGAACUACAUCGGAGAAAUAUCCCAGUCGGCAGGAUUGCGCGUGGUCGUUCACGAUCCCAAACGCAUGCCCUUCCCAGAAGAUGAAGGUAUCCUUGUGCCUCCCAAUGCACUCACUCAUAUUGGAGUCACCAUGAUAAAAACGAAAAAGAUGAACGGCGUUUAUGGUAGUUGCUAUGAAGCGAGCGAUGACAAUCCCAUUAGAACAUAUUAUCAACGAGUUUUUAAUUAUAGCUACUGUGAAAAGGGGUGUUACUACACAUGUUUGAGCAAAGAGAUUGUCAAACAAUGUAAAUGCAAUGAUAUAACACUUAACGUUUUUCAUGAAUUUGACAUGAUCAAGCCAUGUUCUGUGAAAAGUCUACAAGAUAUCAGAUGUGUGAACAAAGUAUGGCAGAUGUACGUGAAUGGAAGCCUCGCGUGCGAUCCAGCCUGUCCGAUGAAAAGAUUUAAAAAAUCUUUCCUGAAUAACACUCAAAAUUAUGGAAAACUUGAGGUUUAUCUGAGAGAUUUUUCGUACAAAGUCGUUGCCGAAUCGCCAAAUUAUGAGUUUCAGCAGUUCAUAUCAGACAUCGGUGGAAUUCUCGGCUUGUACAUAGGCUUCUCCCUGCUCACCAUCGUUGAAUAUUUAGAAUUCCUUCUUGAUCUACUCAAAAUUAUCUGCCUUUCAUGUGUCAGGUAUUUUCAUAAAAAAAAUUACAACUCAAUUAAGGAAUAA